GAACGAGAAGAAAACAUACUCUAUAUAAUCAUUACAAUAUGCACUAUAGACAAUGUUAUACAUUCAUUUCGAAAAUAAUCUUGAAUCAUAAUUUUAAAACAUUAAUUUUUCGUCGUAAUCAAAAUGUAUUCCUUUGCCAAAUCAUUAAUAAUAAUAAUAAUCGAUUUUGCAGUUCAUUGACUUCUUCUAUGCAAGUAAAUCAUUCUUUGUCGACAAUUUCAUCACAUGAAGAAUUAUUUCCAACAUGGAUUACUAGUAAAUAUCUACCAAAUGAUUGGUUACAAAAAGAAUUUUCCGAUCCAUUUAUAUUAAAUAAUUUCAUAAGUCUGGUUGUAUUAUGUCAAAAUGAAUCAAAACUAGGUCGUUGGCGUACAAUGAAAUCAUUAUGUUCUAAAGAUGAUAAUGAAACAGUUGAUUCAGAAUCAUUAUUAGAUAGUUUAUUCUUAAAUGUCUAUCAAGAAGAAUUAAAUAUCAACGCUAGAACUGGUAUUCAAAUGAUACACAAUGUAUGUAAAUAUAAGUUCAGUGAACAAAAUGUAUCCUUACAAUAUAACCAACAUUUUGAUCCACUACAUAUUCGUUUAGACAUACUUAAUUGUGAUAUAAUUCUUAGUAAACUGUACGAUCCAUUAUAUAAUAUUGGAGUGAAACAUGUAAAUAAGCUUAUUGAACGUUGUCCAGAUCUUCCAUUAUCUACUAUGAUUUGUCCCACCGUUAUGCCAGAUUCAAAUUACAAUGAAAGUAACAACAAUUCGUCAUUAUUUCAAAAAACUAUACUGCAACAAUCAUUGGAAGUACUAAAUCAUUAUCUUAUACAUAACGAUGUUGUAAAUGUUAUUCAGCGUUUUCCAAGUGUCUUACUUCGUGGAAGAUUGGAACUAGUUGAUAUCUGUGAAUUUUGUAUUAAUGAUAUGAGUUUAGAAUCAUUUGAUUGUGUAAAUGCAUUAUCUUCAUCGACACAUAGACAUUCAUUACGUCAUUCAACUGGUCUAUGUAUAAGUAAAUGUCCAAUUUGGGAGUUAUCAUUAGAACAUGUUCGUGCACGAUAUUUAUUUUUACGUUUAGUCGGUUACUGGCCAUUGGCAAGAAGGACACCUGAAAAAAAGAUUGAUGUUGAUAAACAAUUGGCAGAUUUACUGAAAUCAACUCCAGGACAAUUUACUCAAUGGUUAAAUAAUAAUCUGUUGAAUUCUUCUUCAUCUAAAUCGAAGACAAAUGAUAAAAAAGUUGAAAAAUACACUGUACCUAAUAAUAUUCUAUUCACUAAAUCAGAUAUACAGUUUUAUGAAGAAAUCUAUUCACAUUUAAUAACAAAUAAUGAUAGCAUUGAUGAUAAUGAUGAUAAAAGUUGGAAGAUGGUAUCAAAUUGUGACACGUCAGAACUAUAAUUGAUUGAUUGCUCUCCAGCUCAGUUUAUUUAUUCGUGAUAUAUAUAUAUAUAUAUAUAUAU